GGAGCGCCACGAUGGCGGACGGGGCUGGCGUUGGGGACCCGCUGUGCUCCGAGAAGUUCGGGUCGGGAGCCGCGCGGGGCUGCCGCGCCGCCGCGGACGGCCGCCUGCAGUGGGAGGCGGCGGGCUGGCGCUGGGGGCGGCCGCCCGGGGCGACGGCGCCCGCCGCCCCCGCGGGCCCGAGCGGGGCCGCGCACGGGGCUCCCGGGCCCGCCGCGCCGCCCCUGGCCGGCCUCGGGGCCGUGUUUCUGCCGCAGGGCUUCCCCGACAGCGUCAGCGCGGACUACCUGCCCUACCAGUUGUGGGACUCGGUGCAGGCCUUUGCUUCCAGCCUCUCGGGCUCCCUGGCCACCCAGGCCGUCUUGCUGGGUCUGGGGGUGGGGAACGCGAAAGCCUCGGUGUCAGCCGCCACCGCCACCUGGCUGGUAAAAGAUUCAGCUGGCAUGCUGGGCCGCAUCGUCUUUGCCUGGUGGAAGGGGAGCAAAUUGGACUGUAAUGCAAAGCAGUGGAGGCUCUUUGCUGACAUCCUCAAUGAUAUAGCCAUGUUCCUGGAGAUUAUGGCUCCCAUCUACCCAAUCUGCUUCACAAUGACUGUCAGCACCAGCAACCUGGCCAAGUGCAUUGUGAGCGUGGCUGGUGGGGCCACAAGGGCUGCGCUGACUGUGCACCAGGCCCGGAGAAACAACAUGGCUGAUGUGUCGGCCAAGGACAGCAGCCAGGAGACACUGGUGAACCUAGCAGGACUCCUGGUGAGCCUGUUGAUGCUACCUCUGGUGUCGGGUUGCCCUAGCCUCAGCCUCGGAUGUUUCUUCCUCCUCACGGCCCUCCACAUCUAUGCCAACUACCGGGCAGUCCGGGCCCUUGUCAUGGAGACCUUGAAUGAAAACCGGCUCUGGCUGGUCCUGAAGCACUUCCUUCAGAAGGGAGAGAUACUUGACCCAGCUUCAGCCAAUCAGAUGGAGCCACUGUGGACAGGUUUCGGGCCAUCUCUGUCUCUGUCCCUGGGGGUUCCCUUACAUUGCUUGGUUUCCAGUGUGUCUGAGCUGCAGCAGCUGGUAGAAGGGCACCAGGAGCCCUACCUCCUUCGCUGGACUCCAUCACGACACCAGGUACAGGUGGUUCUGAGCCAGAUGGCAGGCCCUGAGACUGUCCUAAGGGCUGCUACACAUGGUUUGGUGCUUGGAGCUCUGCAGGAAGAUGGACCCCUUCCAGGAGAGCUGGAGGAGCUGAGAAGUCAAGUUCAGGCAGGUCCUGAGAAAGAUGGCGGUGCCAUUGUCAGGGAGACAUACCAAGUGCUGGACAAGCUAUUCCCAGAGUUUUUGAAAGGAUUGCAGGCUGCAGGCUGGAAGACUGAGAAGCACCAUCUGGAGGUGGAUGAGUGGAGGGCCACAUGGCUCCCGUCUCUGGAAAAGAAGGUCUUGUGAGCAGUCC